AUGAUCAAUCCAGCCGAUCCAUUCCAGGUUAGUUUUUUUUUUUUUGAAAGUUUUUUUCUUUUCAAAAUUUUUAUGCUUUUAUUUGUAUGCGCCUUUAAAACUUGUAGUAUUAUAAAAAAAAUUCAACCUUAGAGGUUUUAAAGAAAAGUUUUAAAAACCUUGCAGUGCAAGGCUUGCACGGUAUAUGUUUCUUGAGAAAAGACUACUUCAACCUCUAUGAAAAACUCACGAUUUCUCAAAUCCUGAUACUUUUGGCAGCUCCGAAAAUCCGCAAACCCCGAAAAAUAAAAAAUAAAAAUAAUGUUCAGGCGCACAACAAAUAACAACUAGGUCUUGACGUGACGCGCUCACCUUUUUUAUUCAAAAAUUUAUUUUUUAUUAAUUUCAAAUUUUAUGUUCAGACCGAAUCACCGCUGUCAAAACUCGUCGAACAUUGCAAUAAACUCGGUGUUACUGAUAAAACCACUAGCAGUCUCGCAACCAAUAAUUCCGUCUCCACAAAUGUCACCAAAGAUGCAGCCACAGCUCUUCUUUUGACUUCACCAGUCACUGGCGAUUUCAAUAGUCAUCAUACUCAUCCUUAUGCACAAUAUCAUCAAUUUAUCCCAGCGACUGCAAAUUGGUGGAUGGAACAAAAUUGGCCAAAUUUGGCGUAUAAUGCAGUUGCAGCGGAUGCUUAUCAACAAUAUUUGACACCAUUUUUAAAUGGUGCAACUGGCGCUAAUUUAGCGGGUCUUACCACGACAACACAUGCUACAAUCUCACCACCAUCCACAUCAACAAUAUCGCAAACAACUUCAACUUGUUCUAACUCUGCGCCAACUUUAGCUUCUUCUGGUGGCGGGAAAAUUCGAAAUCAUCAUAAUCAUCACACUCCAAAAUAUACACAAAAAUCGAAUUGCGAUUGCCCGAAUUGUCGAGAAUUGGAGAGAAGUGGUGGUGAGAUUUUUAUGGGAUUUUAUUUUUUUUUCUGGGGGGAGCCAACGAAAGGUGCCAAUUAUUUUCCCUUUGGCACGGGUUCGUGAUCCUUCUUUUUCUGGUUUGAAAGAAGGAAUGGGGAAAGGGAAUAUUGAUUUUUUUUUUUGUUAAAAUUUUGAGUGAAAAAUAUUUUUUCUAAGAAAACAGUCUAGAGAUCUGAAAAUUCAGAUUUUGAAAAAAAGUGGAAAACUCAGGAUUUUCAGUUCAGAGAUGUUCCAUUCAGGUUACUGUAGUUUCUAGAUUUUUGAACAUGUCCCUUUAAAAUUAGAAUCGGGAUUACUGUAGUUACAGACUUCAGAUUUUAUUUUCAAUUUCUCACAUAAAUUUAGAAAAAUUCAAAUUUAAUUUCGAAAAUCCAAAAAAAAACUCUAACAUAAGAAUUUCCGAUUGUCACAUAUCAAUUCCUCUCUCUUUUCUAAUCCCUUCUCCAAAUUUUUGUUUUUGGGAAGUUACACUAAUUCGCGCAGCUUGAAAUCUCCUAACCCAAUUAUCUGCUGAUUGACACCUUAUUGUUUUUUCUCUCUCGCUGAAAAUAAUACCCCCAGAUUUUUGGGAAACUUUUAGGGUAACGAGAUACUAAUCCCAUCUGCUCAAUAUUUUUUUUGGCUGCUCAUCCGGGAGCAUUUUCCUAGUUUUUCACACCUAUCAAGAUAUAAUACAAUCUAUCUCUGAUAUAUUUAAUUAUGCCGGGAAAUCGUAUUUUAGAUAACAAUCUGAUUUUUGACAAAAAAAAAGCAGCUCCCUUUUUUGCGGUGAUUUCCGAUCCGAUAAAAAUAUGUGUGCUCACUUUUGAAGAUACUGUAGUUUUGCGGGAGAAUAUUUUGAACCAGUGUUUUUUAAGGAACAUGGUUACGGUAGAUCUGGAAAUUAUCAAUUUUUUGAGAAGAACUGUGGGUUACUGUAGUUAUUCAACCGAUUGAUAAUGCUCCUUCGAAAAAUUAGUUACUCGGAAUAAAUUUUUAGCUACAGUAAUCUUUAUAUAUUUUAAAGGAGCAGUUGUGAAAAAUUGAAAAUCUAGUAAAUAGCAAGCUACAGUAUCCCCCAUAUUUAACGGAACAUCCUUGUUCUCAAAAUUACAGUACUCUCAAUGUUUGCAGGUCCGCCACCCGAGAAGCUCGUUCACAAUUGUCACAUCGCCGGUUGCGGAAAAGUCUACAGUAAGAGCAGUCAUUUAAAGGCACAUCUACGUUGGCACAAUGGAGACCGGCCUACAGUAAGUAUUCUUAAAGGAACACAACUGGAUUUUUUGUGAGAAAAACGUUUUCUGAAAGGUUAAGGUUAUAAUUAAAAUUGGAAUUCGAAAAGGAAUUUCGAAAAAAAACAGUGCAAUUAUUUUUGUUUUGUAUACUGUAGAAUUUGGGGAAAUGGUGGGAAGGUAUUUUAUUUUAAUCCUUUUCGUAUAUGUUAUGAGAGAUAAUUAUUCUUCUUCUCCUUUUUUUUAGCUAGGCCAGGUUAAAUCCUUCUCCCAACUGUUACGUAAGGUGUUUAACCCCAUAAUUAGACCAAAAAACGAACGUUUUGUUAUUCUUUUUGCCAUUCUGGUGUCAAAAAUUGGUUUUUGCUUGGCUGGUUUUUCGGUGAAGAAAUUUUUACGCCACGUAGAAAUUUGAAAUUUCAACACAAAAUCAACAAUACAGCGUCGUUCAUUUUAAAAUUUCAAAAUUCGCAGCUACCGUAAUCCCAUAAAAAUUUAAAGGAACAUACAAAAAUUAUUUUUACAUUAUCUAAGAAAUCUACAGGGAAAAAUUCAAAAAUUCAAGAUUUUCAAAACAUAACUUCAAUUUUUCAGCGAAAACGAUCGGGAUAA